AUGGCUGGUACAUCACCCCACAACCCGAAAGAAAGGCAGGAUGCGCUCAAUUUCGCGUACAUGUACGGCUAUCCUCUGCUUGAGUAUGGCAAAUAUGUAGCUCAAUUUCCCGAUGCCUGCGUCAACACUCUUUACCAUGACCGACGACUUUCGACUUCAGAUGAUCUGAAAAUAAUUCGGCCGAACGCAGACACGUUGUAUUCCACCAUUUUCGUGGAUCUGUCCUCCAAUGACUUGGAAAUUACUAUACCAAAAAUUUCAGACCGUUACUGGGUAAUCCCCUUCUACGAUUUUUAUGGAAAUGAUAUAGGCAAUAUCGGUAGUCUUCAAGGUCACCAGGCGGGAAAGUACCUCGUCCGAUAUGCCAGUGAAGACUUUGGCUUCUUUCUAGGGUCCCCGCCAGAAAACCAAGUGGGGGACGAUGUUUUAGGCUAUGUCAAUUUGCCUACAGCCUACGGUAUAUGCCUUGCGCGUUUUGCCACGACACAAGCUAUCCAGGACCAAGAAGCUGUUUGCAGUUAUCAGGAUCAAAUUCAACUUUCUUCCGUUUCCCGCCAUUCUGGGCCUUUAGCUCCUCGGCUGCAACUCUCAACUUUUAUGGAUCCUCAGCACCAACCCUCAACGAACGUCUCUGUUGAACAAGCUAUCUUGAGACUGACUGCAUCACUGGCUCAUCUCAACCCUUCCCCUGUAUUGGACGACAGACAGUGGAUAUCUAACAUUCUCGCAAAAAGCGGAAUGAAAGAUGGCGUCUUCAUUUGUCCUGAUGGAGCUGAUAUCUCUCAAGUUUCUGCAUUUGCGGACACUCAAGCUCGAGAUGCUUUGCGGUCUCCUGGUGGCACGAUGGACUAUGGCAAUGGAUGGAUCUCUGCAUUCCCAGAAUGUAUGGGAAACUUUUGGUCCAACUAUAUUGCAAGAUACUACAUAGCCAAGUUCGGCUAUCUGGGCCUCACCAGCGAGCAGGCAAUCUACCCAUCCCGUCCGAAGGCUCUGAGGAUUAAACCAAACGAAGCAGUUUUACUGAUUUUUUCUCGCCGACCUGUUCUCCUUAAAACCGGAUUCUGGAGUCUGACGGCGUAUGAUGCAGACCAGUAUCUCGUCAAAAAUGACAUGAAUAGGUUUAUUCUCGGAGACCGGGAUAAUAUGACCUUCCCCGAUGGAACUCCACUCAACGACAACAGCAAGAAUGGCGAGUUUUCCAUUCUGUUGCAGCCUGCAGAUGUUCCACCACCAGCCAAAUGGAGAAACAAUUGGCUACCGACACCAGCAGGGGGUGGAAAAAUGUCAAUCACAUUGAGGUUUUAUGGUGCCACGGAGGAGAUGAUGCCCAAAUUCUACGAGUAUCCAAGACUCGAGCACAUCAAAGCAAUCACUGAAUCACCCAAGUCAUUGCUGUGA